AUGUCUGGACCUGUCCUUCGGAGGCUCUGGGACUCUCAGAGGGAUGAGCAGCUGGAAGAUGAAGUCAACAAGAUGGGAGCUGGGUCCUGGGCAGAUCCUGUGGGGAGGCCUCAGAGCAAAGGGGGUUGGAGACUGGGGAUCCCACCCUCUCCAUCCUUUAUCCAGCCACAGCCCAACUGGACGGAGAUUGUCAACAAAAAGCUAAAGUUCCCACCUCCGCUCCUGACUGCCAUCCAGGAGGGCCGCCUGGGCCUAGUGCAGCACCUGCUGGAGUCCGGGGUGGAGGCUUCAGGCAGCGGGCCAGGCGGGCCCCUGAGGAACGUGGAGGAGGCCGAGGACCGCUCCUGGAGGGAAGCUCUCAAUCUGGCCAUCCGGCUGGGCCACGAGGCCAUCACUGAUGUGCUGUUGGCCAAUGUCAAGUUUGACUUCCGGCAGAUCCAUGAGGCACUGCUAGUGGCAGUGGACACAAACCAGCCAGCAGCGGUGCGUCGCCUGCUGGCCCGGCUGGAACGGGAGAAGGGCCGCAAAGUGGACACUAGGUCUUUCUCACUGGCUUUCUUUGACUCCUCAAUUGAUGGCUCACGCUUUGCCCCUGGUGUCACUCCACUCACCCUGGCCUGCCAGAAGGAUCUGUAUGAGAUCGCACAGUUGCUCAUGGACCAGGGCCACACCAUUGCCCGGCCCCACCCGGUCUCCUGUGCCUGCCUCGAGUGCAGCAAUGCCCGCCGCUACGACCUGCUGAAGUUCUCCCUGUCCCGCAUCAACACCUACCGCGGCAUUGCCAGCAGGGCCCACCUCUCGCUGGCCAGUGAGGAUGCCAUGCUGGCUGCCUUCCAGCUCAGCCGGGAGCUCAGGCGCCUUGCACGCAAGGAACCUGAGUUUAAGCCUGAGUACAUUGCCCUGGAGUCGCUGAGCCAGGACUAUGGCUUUGAAUUGCUGGGCAUGUGCCGGAACCAGAGUGAGGUCACCGCAGUACUCAAUGACCUGGGCCAAGACAACGAGACUGAACCCGAGGCUGAGGGCCUGGGCCAGGCCUUUGAGGAAGGCAUCCCCAACCUGGCGAGGCUGAGACUGGCCAUCAACUACAACCAGAAGCGGUUUGUAGCACACCCCAUCUGCCAGCAAGUCCUGUCUUCCAUCUGGUGUGGGAACCUGGCUGGCUGGCGUGGAAGCACCACCAUCUGGAAGCUCUUUGUCGCCUUCCUCAUCUUCCUCACCAUGCCCUUCCUCUGCCUCGGCUACUGGCUGGCACCCAAGUCCCGGCUGGGCCAUCUGCUGAAGAUCCCAGUGCUGAAGUUCUUGCUGCACUCUGCCUCCUAUCUGUGGUUCCUCAUCUUCCUGCUGGGUGAGUCCCUGGCCAUGGAGACACAGCUGAGCACCUUCCGCGGCCGCAGCCAGAGCGUCUGGGAGACUUCCCUACACAUGGUUUGGGUCACAGGCUUUCUGUGGUUUGAGUGCAAGGAAGUGUGGAUUGAGGGCCUGCGCAGUUACCUCCUGGACUGGUGGAACUUCUUGGAUGUGGUCAUCCUGUCCCUGUACCUGGCGGCCUUUGCGCUGCGCCUCCUUCUGGCCGGGCUUGCCCAUGUGCACUGCCGGGAUGCCCCCAACGGAGCUGCCUGCCACUAUUUCACCACAGCUGAGCGAAGUGAGUGGCGCACUGAGGAUCCCCAGUUCCUGGCGGAGGUGUUGUUUGCCGUCACCAGCAUGCUCAGUUUCACCCGCCUGGCCUACAUCCUGCCGGCCCAUGAGUCCCUGGGCACUCUGCAGAUUUCUAUUGGCAGGAUGAUUGACGACAUGAUCCGGUUUAUGUUCAUCCUCAUGAUCAUCCUGACUGCCUUCCUCUGUGGCCUCAACAACAUCUACGUGCCCUACCAGGAGACAGAGCGUCUGGGCAAUUUCAACGAGACAUUCCAGUUUCUGUUCUGGACUAUGUUUGGCAUGGAGGAGCACAGCGUUGUAGACAUGCCUCAGUUUCUGGUGCCUGAAUUCGUGGGCCGGGCCCUCUACGGCAUCUUUACCAUCGUCAUGGUCAUUGUGCUGCUCAACAUGCUCAUUGCCAUGAUUACCAACUCCUUCCAGAAGAUUGAGGACGACGCCGAUGUGGAGUGGAAGUUUGCUCGCUCCAAGCUCUACCUGUCCUACUUCCGGGAAGGCCUGACGCUGCCUGUGCCCUUCAACAUCCUGCCCUCCCCCAAGGCCCUCUUCUACCUUCUCAGGAGAAUAUUCCGCUUCAUCUGCUGUUGCUGUUCCUGCUGUAAAACCAAGAAGCCAGACUACCCGCCAAUCCCCACUUUUGCCAAUCCUGGGGCAGGGGCAGGGCCUGGGGAGGGAGAACGUGGAUCCUACCGCCUCCGAGUUAUCAAGGCCCUGGUACAGCGCUACAUAGAGACAGCCCGGCGGGAGUUUGAGGAGACCCGUCGGAAAGACCUGGGCAACAGACUGACAGAGCUGACCAAGACUGUGUCUCGACUGCAAAGUGAGGUGGCUGGUGUGCGGCGGACUCUGGAAGAGGGAGGGACACCCCGACCACCCGGAGGUGCCAGCGUCCUCAGUCGCUACAUCACCCGAGUGCGCAACAGCUUCCAGAAUCUGGGCCCCCCCAUCCCUGAAACCCCAGAGCUGACAGUGCCAGGGCUUGUGGGGACCCAGGUAUCUUCGGAAACUGGGCUUCAGGAUGCUGGAGGGGCUAGGACUCCAGCUUCUGGCGAGUCUGGCCCUUCCUCCCCAGCUCACGUGUUAGUGCACAGGGAGCAAGAAUCAGAGGCGGCUGGGGACCUGCCCCAGGAGGAAGAUUUGGGAAUCUAAGGGGGGUCCUGAUGCAGUGGGAGGGUCCCUUCUUCUGUUACUAGGUAGAGAAGCCUAGAUAAGCGAGGGUAGGGGUCACUUAGUAGAAGCCUGUGCUGCUUUACUUGCCUCAAUAAAGUUUCUGUUCUGGAUGUCA